GUGUCCAUUCUUGAGGGAAGUGUGUCCUAGAACAAAAGCUCACCCUUUGGUUUCCUCUCUCAUUCUCUGGUAACAGAAAGGUCUCUAAAAAUAUAUGCAGAAGGUUUAGAGUGACAUUUUCAUUUUCUCUUCAAGCUGGCACACCUUUGAGAUUGAAUGGGAGCAUUAUAAAUAAUUAUGCCAGGGCAACAGGUAUAAACCACGUGACCCUAAUACUAGAUGAUUUUCAUGCCAUAAAAUAUCUCUCAAUGUUGGUUUGCUCAUUUUAAGAACAGCUGUCUUUUCCUACCUGUUCCUUUAUGGGCAUACCUUUACCAUACCCAGAGUUGACCAAUGUGACCUCUGGCAUCUUUCUCAAUUAUUUUCCUUCAAAAUUAUUUUCUUUAUUGUGUCAGAAUUUGGACUUAAAAAAAAGUUCUGUAAGGAUUGUUCACACAUUUCUUUAGUGAUACAUUUGGGAGAGAGAAAAAAGAGAAUAAAUUAGGCAUAAAUUCAUUCAAUGUUUAGGGAAGCAUGUUCUCGGCAGAGAACAUUCCUGGGUUGGAAUGGCAAGCUUGCAUCUGUGGCAACAGGGACUUUUCGGCCCUCAGGAAUUUAGAUAUUUAGAGGCAAGGGAAGAGCACAGUAAGGGAAGAGAAGGGUCCAGCUAAUUUCACAUUAGCUUUUCAGUGAGUCGCUUUCAGCAUGAGAAUGUAAGGGUUUCUCCUCUCCAUUUCGCUCUGUCCCCGAAGUUUCUUACAAGGUUAUCAAGGAAAAAAGACUGAUUCAAGGCACUUUGCUUCUCCUUUCUUCUUUAUAUGAACACAUUUCUCCCUGUAUUGCACGUGAGUGAAAGAAAAAAAAUGCAGAAUGUCCGGUCAUUUUAGUCAUGGUGAAAAAAAUGGGGAGAAAAAUAGAUAAAUUUGAUGUUUUAGCACCAUUUGUAGGUGCUCACUUUAGUUAGCCAAGGAACAUGUUUGCCCACUACAUAUCCACAUGGUGAGGCCCGGCAAAAACAAAACAGAACAAAACGACUCUGGAGCAAUUUAGGGACAAGAUAACACAUAUUUUUUUCCUUAAAACAUUGUAGAGUGGGACGGGGCAUACGGUUACAGAAAUCCCCAGGAAAUGUUUUCGAGGGUGGGGCAGAGGUGUGAGGAGCUAGUCCUGGCCUCAAGCUUUAAAAAGCUUCACACAGGGCUUGUGAGUGCCAGCCAUCGGCCCAGGUCCUAAUGACCCAGACUAAAAAUAAAUCACUUUCCAUUUCGUGUAUCCCUGAACCUGUCCUUUGGGCUACAUACUUUUUAAAAGUAGUUUUUAUUAAUUCUUGGGCAGAUACAUAAAAUGUCUCUGUGUAGAAUCUAGAGAGGAGUACACCAGCCAUGUCGUCCUCCCUACCCCACCUCUGUUCCAGGGAGAGGAUUUUACCCCCACCCCUUUCUCUGGACCCUCUUCCUCUCUCCAACCACCAUCCCUUUCUCAACCCCCUUUGAUGUGACUACUGUCCCAAUUUUUAUCUUUAUCCCUUGUUUGUUUGUGUUUUUUUUUUUUUCAGUUUUACUACAUGCUUGUAGCCUAAACGUGUCAUUUACUUUUGUACUUGGAAAUGGAUCUGUACUACACAUAUCUUGCAACCUGUCAUUUUUGCCCAACAAAAUCUUUCUAGGAGCAGUGUGAGGAAGACAGAAACCACCCCCCUCCCUGGACUGGCCAAGCCACCUGCCCAGCGCUGCUGCCACCAUGCCCAAAAGAAAGGCCAAAGGAGAUGCUAAAGGCGACAAAGGGAAGGUGAAGGAUGAGCCGCAGAGGAGAUCGGCACGCUUGUCUGCUAAACCGGCUCCUCCAAAACCAGAACCCCGGCCUAAAAAGGCCCCUGCAAAGAAAGGAGAGAAGCUACCCAAAGGGAGAAAGGGGAAAGCAGAUGGUGGCAAGGAGGGGAACAACGCUGCAAAGAACCUAGAUGCUUCCACAGUCCAGUCACAGAAAGCAGAAGGCAGUGGGGAUGCCAAGUGAAGUGUACUUUUUUGAUAGUCUGUACUUCUAGUGACUUUACUGUUUGAAAUACUAUUUUUCUUUAAUCAAGUUUUAUAAAAAUGUAGAAUUUGGGUGUUUUCUUUCCCCAAACUUAACGUUGUUAGCAUACAAGACGCAUUGUUGUUGUCCUUUGUGCAAAGUGCAAAUACCACUAAUAGAAUGUCUCAGAAGCUGGCUUGAAAUGGGGGAAGUUGGGAUCUUCUCUCCUUGUUUUUGAAGAUUAUUCUUGGUUCCCAGGAGAGAUUCUCUGACAUUCACACAUGUCAGCGACUUGGGCUUAGAAGCCUUACAGCACAGAGAAGCAAAACUUCAUGUCUUCUUUCCUGAUGCCGUCAGCAUAUACUUGACUUCCUGAAAUAGUUGUGAUGUGGCCUUGGCUCCCCUAAAAUCCCAUGCUGGGUAACAGUACUCAGGCUUCCUGGUGAUAACAUCAACAUGGUGUUGCUCCAAAGAGCCAAGAUUCCUGUUUGUAGUUUGUAGAUCAUUGCAUUGAUGAUCUUAGAGUUUUUAGUUCCUUUCUUCCGUGUCCGAGUUGACCUGUGAAAAGAUCUUACAUGCCUCUUGUGAAAUAUCCACCCCUUCUGAGAACUCCCGCCUUUUCAAACACAACAGAAGACUGUUGACUUUUGGGGGAGGGGAGUUUGAAAGUUGUGAAAUGUUACGGAUUGUCAACCCUGUCCUCCUGGAAAUAACUGGUUUUGAAAAGUAUCUGAUAAAGCUGAAUACAAAUUAGCUUGGUGGUAGGGGGAUCAUUUCCUACCCAAAGUCAUAGAGAUAUUCUUUCCUGCAUUGUAAACCUUUUAUAGUCUUGCUUUUCACAUUUGUCUGUAGUCUGCUCUGAACUGAUUUUUGUGAAAAGUAAGAGAUAGAAGUUCAAUAGAGUAUUUUUUCCAUAUGGAUACAUGGUUGUUGCCCCAGUAACCAUUAUCUGAAUACUUUACUCUUUUCCCACUGAUCUAUAACACCAGCUCUUUCAUAAGUAAACUCUCUGUGUGGGUGGGUCUGUUGAUUAUUUCUUUUCAGUCAGUUUGUCUAACCUUGUGGCCGUACCAUACAAUCCUGAGUACUACAACUUUAGAAACAGGUCUUCAUAUCUCAGGACAAAUCCCACCUCCAAAAAAAUCAUCACCAAAUUUUUCUUCCUUGGGAGUGUCUUGGCUUUUCUUAGCCAUUUGCUCUUCUGUACAACUUUUAGAAUUAGAUUGACAAGUUCUAAAUCAAAACAAAAAUGUUGGAAUUUUUAUUGGAUUUGUACGGAAUUUAUAGACUAAAUAAUACAAUGUUGAGUCUUCCAAUCCAUGAACAUGAUACAGUUCUUCAUUUACUUAGCCUUUUUAAGUGUCUUUCAAUAAAGUUUUAUAAUUUUCUCCA